UUAUAGAUUUAACAAUAUCUUCGCAUUAAUAACAAAGGAAAAUGGAAUGGUUUGGUUGUCUAAUGUUAGUACUAUAUAAACAACAGAGAACAUACACAAAGUAAGAGCUGAGUUAAGCAAAAGAAACUUGAAAUGAUGGUGGCUUUAACAUAUUGCAGUGCCAUCUUUAUUCUGUUGUUUGCUUUUGCUUCAGCUUCUCCAACUGCAAUCGAGACACAUCCACGUCUUUUCAAUAAGAUCUACGCCUUUGGAGACUCAUUCACGGACACUGGCAAUACAAGGUCUGCUUCAGGGCCAGCUGGAUUUGGCCAUGUAUCGGAUCCUCCUUAUGGCAGUACCUUCUUUCACCACCCGACCAACCGAUAUUCAGAUGGACGACUGGUGAUUGACUUUGUAGCCCAAUCACUGUCCUUACCUUUAUUGCCACCUUACAAAUAUUUGAAGGGAAAUGACUCCUUUCAUGGGGUGAACUUUGCUGUUGCAGGAUCCACAGCUAUAAACCAUGAAUUCUAUGUCAGAAACAACCUUAGCAUUGACAAUACUCCUCAAUCUAUCCAAACUCAGCUCCUUUGGUUCAACAAGUUCUUGGAAACUCAAGGAUGUAGAGGGGAAGAGACAAAGGCACAGUGCAAAGCUGCAUUUGAUGAUGCUUUGUUUUGGGUUGGUGAAAUUGGAGUCAAUGAUUAUGCUUAUAGUUUUGGAUCUCCUAUCUCUGCUGAUACCAUCCGAAAGCUUGCUGUCGCCAGCGUUACUGGAGUUUUACAGUCUUUGCUGAAGAAAGGUGCAAAGUAUAUGGUUGUGCAAGGUUUACCACCAAGUGGAUGUCUGGCAUUAUCAAUGUCUCUAGCUUCUGUGGACGACAGAGAUGAUAUCGGCUGCGUGAGGAGCCUAAACAACCAAACCUAUGUUCACAGUAUGGCUCUCCAAGCUUCAUUGCAAUCUUUAAGGAGGCAGUUUCCUGAAGCUGUCAUCAUAUAUGCUGAUUACUGGAAUGCAUAUCGAACAGUUAUUAAGAAUCCCAGCAAAUACGGUUUCAGGGAGCGCUUCAAAGCCUGCUGCGGUGUGGGUGAACCGUACAACUUUGAGUUAUUUACUGUCUGUGGAAUGUCUUCUGUCAGUUCCUGCAAAACCCCAUCUGAGUACAUUAACUGGGAUGGAGUUCACCUCACUGAAGCUAUGUAUAAAGUAGUUCAUGACAUGUUAAUUGAAGGUGGAUUUACCCAUCCUCCUUUCAGUUACUUAUUGGACAUGAAACGCCACAAGGGAUAAGCUGUUGAGGGAUUCAGUUUGAUGGUUUUGUUUACUCUUAUCCUUGAGAUAAAUAGAAUUUUAAUUUUUCUA